GCUGUGUACCGGUGUCCUGACCAGGUGUGGCACGUGGAGCUGCUGCCCCAGCCCCGGCAGCUCUACAUCCUCUGUGCCCACAGCGGUAUUUACUGCGUCUCCCUGGAGCAGCAGAGCAGGUUAAUGGAGCAGACGGAUAGCGACGGCCAAGAAGGCAAUUGCCCUUCCGGCGUCUUCCCUGUGGACUCGGACGCCUGCAUCUUCCCAGACUCCAGCCUGUGCAUGUUCACUCUGCUCAACAGCUUCGUCAUCACCUUGUCCCAGGCUCACGGCAAAUGGUGGAUGAAACUGCACGAGCUUCCGCGCCCCGAGCAGGAGAGUCCCCCGUACCGGCAGGUCAGCGAGGUGGGCUUCUGCCCCGGCCCCCAGCCUGGGGACGAGGGGGACAGCCCGCCGUCCCGCUUCCUGCCUGUCCUGUGCUGCGCCUCCUCCCCAGGCACCGUGGGGUCCGGGGAGGGGCUGUGGUGCUCAGGGGGAUUCGUGCUGGAAGAGCCCCUCUUCAGCCUGCUCUUUGGGAUCGACGCUGCCAUGCUGGAGUCUCCUAUGAUCCUCUGCGGCUUCCCAGACGGACAGCUCUGCUCCGUGCCGCUGAAGGCCCUCAGCUCUUCGCCGGCUGUCGAUGGCUGCCACGACGUUUCGAACCAAGAUCCCCCCAUAAAGAUUCUCCAUCAUUUGGAAGAGCCCAUUGUCUUCAUCGGGGCCUUGAGAACGGAGCAGAGGGUGGUGGAGGAUGCUGAGGACGAACAGGUGGCGGAGGAUGCUGAGGACGAGCAGCUCUUUGGAGACACUGGCUGUGAUUGCGUGGUGGCUGUGGGCCACUACGGGAAGAUGGUGGCCGUCAAGGCAGAUCAGAGGGAGGAGGCGACGGUGCCGGAGCUCAGGGAGUACUACUUGCGUGGGCCCAUUCUUUGCGCCGCCUGCGGCAGCGGCAGCCGGAUGUAUUACAGCACGCACUCGGACAUCUCCGCCGUCGACCUGGACUGGGUCGGCGAUUCCUCUGAUCCCGAGGACGCGGAGAGCUGCACUGGCGUCCUGCCUCCCGUCCU